CCAAGAAACGAAAACGAGAAAGAAAGAAAGAAAGAAAGAAAGAAAGAAAAUUCACACAUUCCAGAAAGAAAGAAAGAAAGAAAGAAAGAAAGAAAUGCCUUUGCCUCUUUUAAAAGAAAGAAAGAAAGAAAGAAAGAAAGAAAGAAACAGAAUGUGAGGUCCCGUUAG